AUGGAUUUUGAAAUUCAAAGUACGUUUAAGCCAAACAUAUUUGUAUGCACAACAGGAAUUUCGAGAGAUGAGCAGGAGCUGAUAAAGUCGCAGCUUCCAAAGCAUGCAGUUCUUGAAGACAUUCUGUCGAUCACUACAGACUAUCUAAUUUCCUAUAAGGCAAUGAUGACAGAAAAAUACAUUCAGGCACUGAAGUGGAACAUAAAGAUUCUUCACGUCAAGUGGCUAUACGACACGGAAGAGAACACAAAAAAAUACGAAAUGGCCCCACUCGAAGGAUGUAGCUUUACGGUAUCUGAGGUUUCCAAUGAAUCUCUUAUUAAUUACCAUUGUUUACUCGGCGCAACCUUUACUCAAAAUCUCAUGGUAUGGACAGACUUCCUUAUCACGGAUUCCAAGUCCAACGAUAAGACCGAGUUCUGCAAGAAAUAUGGGAUCCCGAUCAUCACAUCGAAGUGUAUGUUUGGAAAUGACUACACCAUGUAUAGAAAAGAGCCAUGCUUCAAGGCUAUAGCGGAGGCCAGCGGAUCUGUGUUUAACGAGAAGGUGUUUUUUCUUGACCCCAGCCUUCCCCAAAUCCUCUUUAACCGCCUCCGAAGGCUGAUUAUAUCGAAUGGAGGAACCCGAGUAUCUGUUGUUGAUAGGGAUGUUGAUUUUAUAAUGACACAGUCCUAUGGGGACUUUAAGAAAUAUGACGGGAAGGUUUUCCACUAUCAAUAUGUGUUUGAUUGCAUUGAAGCCGGGGCUGUUCUACUUCCUGGAUCAUAUAAGGUUCAUUUCGGCCAGAGAAAGCCAGUUCUGAAUGAAGCUGUAUGUUGCAUCUCUGCAAGCCUUAAGGAAUGCAAAGUAGAGAUGUUUAACAAGUUAAGAGCUUUAGGAGCUAUUGUUAAGGAGGAUGUUGAUGCGAGCUGCACUCACCUGAUAGUAAGAGAUGGAAGGGAGUGUAGAGAAGGUAGACGCAUGCCUUGUAAGGUUGUGUUAUACUCGUGGGUUGACCAAUGCUUGCAUCUUCUGAGGCGUGUGAACGAAGACAAAUAUAGUAUUGGGAUAGAGACAACAAACUUCCUCAUAGAGAACAAAGGAAGCGGAGUUUCCAAAAAGACGAAAAAGGCAUCUAAACCUAUGAUGUUCCAGUUCACAGGGUUGUCUCCACUUCUAAAAAAGAAGGCGAUUGAAAAGUUUGAAAAUCUAAGUAUAAGAUAUAGUGAUACAGAUAGAUACGAGAAAUGUACCCACCUCAUAAUGGGAACUAUAUGCACCUCUGAGAAGUUUCUAUCGUGCUUGUGUAAUGGAGGAUGGAUUCUUAGGCCCGACUUCAUAGAUAAGUUUGACAACUCUUUAAAUUUCAACUUCAGCGAGUAUGAAUGGGUUGUGGACGAAAAUGUCCCUGAGAAAGAGAGGAAGAUUGUGGCCUCCAUCAGAAAAUGGAGGGAAAGAGUAACUUCUGGUGGAAAGCCGGCAUUCCAUAGAUGGAUUGUCAAAUUAUAUUGCGAAGGCCAAAAAAGGGAAAGCUAUGUAAGAGUCAUUGAAAAUGGAGGAGGGAGAGUUACUGAAGGAAACGAAUACACACACUGCUUUGUAUCUAAAACUUACAAAGAAGAGGUGGAUGUAGAAAAGAAAUACAGCACCGACUAUAUGUUUUCGUACUUGUUCAGGUGA